AUGGAUCCAGAGGAAAUAGUGAAGAGGGUCGCGGAGUUAAAACUCUCGUCUGAAGCGAAAGACAAGCGGGUUACACUCACCGCUUCCGAUGCAGUAGACGGUAAAUCAAGGGCAAGGAAAAUCAUUUUGGGCAAAAUCUUCUCAGAAAGGUUGGUGAAUCGAGAGGCCCUGCGAGAAAACCUCCCCUCUGUUUUCCGACCCAGAGGCACCAUGGAGAAAGAACUGGUGGGUCGAAAUAUCUUUGCUGCAACCUUCGAUCUGGAAUCAGACAGGGAACACAUUCUUACCGAGGGUCCAUGGCAUUAUUUCAAUGAACUGAUGAUUCUUCAAGAAACGGAUACCAAAAGCACAGCUGCCAAUGCAGAAUUCGACAAAAUCACUCUAUGGGUACAGCUACACAAUAUGCCUAUCACGUGUAUGGAGGCAAGUGUGGUUAGAAGAAUUGGAGAACAGAUUGGUCGCGUGAUCGAAGUGGAUUGUGGAGCAGGAGGGAUGUGUCUGGGAAGAUAUGCGCGGGUGAAAAUUUCUAGAUCUAUCCAUGAGCCAUUAACACGAUGUGUACCCCUUGUCGUGGAAGGUGAAGAAGAAGACAACUUAAUAUUAGUCCUUUAUGAACGUCUGCCUGACCAGUUUUGCUACGCUUGUGGAAAGCUUGGCCACUAUCUUAAAUCUUGCUCACUUGGAGAGAAGGAGAAGAAGAAAGCAAAGUUUGGGCCGUGGCUGCGAGCAGGCUGUGGUGUUGACUACAGGAAACAGGCGAACCCCAAACCACAAGCUCGAUCCCAGGCUGGAAACCCCCUACUGGUCGCGAGGGCCAAUGUAAACGGACCCAGACCCCUCCCCCCCUCGGGAUAA